ACUUGAAAAUUAGUAAAUAGUUAAAAUUAUAAUAAAAUGAACUGUUAAUUAUUAUAUUAAAUUGGCUUAAGUGAUAAAUAGAACUAGAAAUUAUAUAUUAUUUAUGGAUCAUAUUCCUAAAUAAUUUAUCCUUAUGAAAUAUGACUGAAAUUUUCAAAGAUAUCAACGAAACGUGGAUGCGAUUAUUUGACCAUCGUCCUUUUUUGAAUGGCGAGAUAAAUUAUAUGCAACAAGAAUUUGAAGGAAAACGCAAAGAUAUAGAAAUAGAACAUUUGUUCUCCACUUUACAAGUAUCCACAGAAAUUGUUGAAACUCAUAUACCACGAGCAAAGAUUUGUUCUGAAUCUUAUUUGCCCUCAAUAAAAUCAUCUGUAGACAAAGCACUGGAAGUUAGUGAAUCAGUUUUCUCUGAAGAUUUUGAAAAAUCAGUUAAAGAAGCUUUAUUAGAAAAAAGAGCAAAACGUGAAGCUGGUUGGGAAAGUUUCUUGGAAGACGUAAACCAACGUUACCAAUCAAUAGAUUUAACAUUUGAAGAAAAAGAGCAAGAGCUGAAUGAGUUUUAUUCUGAUUUAAAUAGAAAAUUGCAUUUACAUACAUAGCUUUGAAUAUGGACAAUAUUGGGAGCAUUAUUGAUA